AUGACCACGGCGGGGGAAACAUCAUCGUCUGCACCAACCUUCGACGCGCUAUUCAACGCGCCUGACACCGAGCUGGUCCUACGCUCCUCGGACGGUGUCGAUUUUGCCGUGCACAAGCUUAUACUUCAGCUGGCUUCUCCUGUAUUCCGCGACAUGCUCUCUCUUCCCCAGCCGUCUACACCCGCGUCGUCGCGCCCCGUGAUCUCGAUGGUGGAGAACGCGCCCUCGCUACGACUUCUAUUGCAUUUCAUCUACCCGCGCACCUUCUGUGAAGCGCUUCCACUAUCAAGUAUAGCGGACGUCAAGCGCGCAGCCGCUCUCGCUGGCAAAUACGAUAUCCAGUUCAUGCGUGAAGCCGCGGAGAUGGCUCUUGUGCUCCUUGCGGAUGACCUACCAGACAUUGCAUAUGCGGUAGCAUGGAGAUACGAGCUUCCCAUAGCACUGCAUGCAGCCGCGCAGCGCCAUCUCGGGCCUUUCCGUGCCGCCCCUCUCGACGCGCCUGAAUUCGACGAGGCGCCUGCUUCGGCCUUCAAGCGACUGGAACACUUCAGCAACACCGCACGUAAACGAGUCGAGGGCUUGCUGUUGGCCGUGAAUGAUCCGCAGGAGGCCUUUUGCUGGAUCAAGCUCACAAGCCCAACUCGUCUGACCAAGGCCGUCACCGACGAUCCCUCCUGCAUGUGUGGGCGGAAGCGUGUGUAUUUCAAGGGCGCGAUAUUCGGGCCCGGUGCACCCUCGAAGCAGUCUGUGCCUAUCUGGUGGUGGAGAUGUGUUCAUGCCACUGUUCGCAUCAUAGCCCAGCAGCGAUAUCUGUUAUCUAUAGACGAUCCCUUCGAUACAGCAGUCACAAUCGCACAAGAGCAAGUCUUGCAAUGCCCUCAAUGUAGACUGAAAAACCUGUCCGUCAUAUUCGAAGCGACGAGGUACUGCCUUCGUGCCGAGAUCAAGAGGCGGAUCAACGAGGUUCAAGUCGAUGCGCCGUUCAUUCGCAAGUCUGCCUGA